AUGCCGCCUAUCAGAUCCCAGCAUCGGUUCUCGACCACAUCACGCCCACCUUCUUCUUCGUCCUCCUCCUCUCGACCUCCGUCCCAGGCCUCGUCUCCUCCAAGUUCAAACAAGACGGUCCUCACGCCGCUCGUCGCGGCGAUUCUGAAGCGCCACUUUGGCAUCAAGGGCGCCACAACGAACAAGUUGCCCAUCGCGUCCGAAGUGCUUCGACGGGUGCGCGACGUCGCGCUCCCGUCCGUCGAUGAAAUUCUCGCGCUCGCUCAUGCCGACGCUGGAGCUGAGGGAGCAAAGGCGAGAUCUGCGCUGAAGACGUGGAGCAUCCGGCGCAAGCAGGGAUGCACGUCGAGCAUCACUAUGAAAGACGGGACCGUCUAUCACCUCUGGGACUUUGUCCUCAUUGAUGAGGGAAGAACAAGUAAGGAGGGGAAGGAAGGGUUGUUUCGCGUGGCACAGGUGGUAGAGAUUGCACUGUGGCCGUCUGGUUCUCAAGCAUCACCGUCGUCAUCAUCUAACACAAACAAAGCAGAGGAGAGGCUCCCCAUUCAAGUCAAGCUCCGUUUCUACAAGCGACAGCUAUGCGGCGACGAUGGCGGCGAAAACAUGUUUGUGGACCACCGCAAGCUCGUCGACAGCGACGCGGUAUUUGUUCUCAAGCCGCAAUGGUCGAUCGCAGGCCGCUGCAAUGUUGUCGUCUCCUCUCGAUCGGCUACUAUUGACAACGAGCACGCCGAUUUCUGGACGCCAGACGUGAUCGAAAGACAAUGCAAAAUCUGCCAAGCUCAUCGAGCACAACUCGCACUUGCGCGAAGCUCAAUGCCUACCCUGUCCUGUCUGGAUCUGUUUUGCGGCGCCGGAGGCUUCUCGCUAGGUCUCGAGCAAACAGACAAAAUCAAGACAAAGUGGGCCAUCGAUGACGAUGAGGCGGCCUGUCGAACCUUUGCGGCACAUUCGCCCGAAGCUCUUAUCCUGCAGCAAGAUGCAAAUGAGCUCCUCAAGGAAGAGCACCGAAGCAUAUUACCCAGGCGGGGUGAGGUCGACGUCAUUGCUGCGGGGCCUCCAUGCCAAGGCUUCACAAGGGCAACGACAAGGGGGAAGAGGCACGAUGGGCGUUCAGACCUCAACCUCCUCAUCUGUACCGUGCUCUCAUAUGUGGACUUGCUUCGUCCUCGCUUCGUCGUCAUUGAGAAUGUCAACGGCAUCUUGUCGAAGCAGUCGCCCACAGCCUCCUUUGACCGAAACCCACUGGGCUAUGCGCGACUCAUCGUCCAUACGCUCCAGCUUCUGGGCUACGAUGUCCGAAUUGGACAACUGCAGGCUGGCCAAUUUGGUGUCCCCCAGUCCCGCGAGAGGGUCAUCUUUCUCGCAACAAUAAAGUCAACGGAAGGGAGAGCGGUCUCCAUUGCCGAGCUGCCUGCGCCGUUGCACGUCUUCAAGAAGGGAUCUUGCGCAAGGUACCCUGCGCUGAGUGUCGACGAGGCUAUCUCCGAUCUUCCGCCAUUCGACUGGGCCAAAGAUAGCCGUUCACCUCCGGCCAGCUCGUCGAGGGCGUACGCAUGUCCACCCAGAAACUCAUACCAGGCGCUGGUCCGUCGCGACGCGGUCACUGUUGCGCAGCACCACACCGUAACGGUCUCGUCAAUCAACCAGGAGCGAGUCGCACACAUCCCUCCAGAGUCCAAGUACAACUACUUGAUCCUGGACUCGGUCCCGCGUCUCGCCCUGCAUGGAGCCCUUGACAACAGGGGCUUCAUCGAUCGCAAAAACUGGUUCCGGCGACUGGAUCCGCAGGGUCACUUUGACACCGUGAUGACUUCCAUAAAGCUGCAGUCGGUCCAGGGCAGGAUUAUACACCCUCAGCAGAACAGGGUCGUGACAAUACGUGAGUGCGCGAGGGCACAAGGGUUCCCAGAUGACGUCUUCUUCCACGCCGCUGCGUCGACAAGCGAGAAUGGCAAGGCGAAGGAGGCUCAUAGACAAAUUGGGAACGCGGUCCCAGUCCCUCUGGCCAAGGCGCUUGGCGAGGAGAUCGUCAAAGCUGCGACGAGGGACCAUCUCCAGACGAUGCAGCUGUAAUAACGCGCAACCCUUUCUCCCCUGGCAGCUCAUCUCGGGUCCCCACAGCAGCACUCAGCGGACCACAACCCUCACAUACAAAUAAUUUCGAUCGCAGCCAUGAUCCCCCUUGCUCCCUCAUCCAUCAGCAAAUUGCAUCGUCAUUGGGAGUUGAGUAUAGAGAAGAACGAUACGGGUGGCGGUUUCGAUUGGUUGGUACCUUUGCUUGGCGAUGCGUGUGUUUGUGUCUUGCUCGACGACCUCCCUCUCCAAGUCCCAGGGAUGAGAAGGAGUCGUCGAGUGUAAGAUGGCCGAAAAAA